AUGCAUGAUCUUGCAGAUGUAAUUAUGAUGUUGAGUAUAAGAUCUGUCGAAGUUUUUACUCUUCAUAUUAUCCAUUAUGAACCUAGAGAAGCAAAAAAUAAUCCUGAAGCUCAGCAAUUUCUAUUUAUGGAAAAGAAUUCAGAACAUGCAAAAGAAUUGCUUACCUGGAUCCAAAAUGCAAUAGCAACUAGAAAGUUAUGCAAUUCUGUCUAUAAUAUUAAUAAAAAAUACAGUACAGGAGUAUUUAGUAAAAUUUUAAAAUCAUAUGAUAUUAUAGCCAAAAGAUUAAGAAAAAUUGGAAGUAAACAUGCUUCUAGAGUUCAUGAUAGUCAAAAUCCAACUUCACAACAUCUUGAAUUUCUUAGCAGAGUUGCAAUGAGACAUAAGAUAGAUCAUCAUAAUUCUGGAAUAUAUUAUACUAAGAGUAAUACUUCCAAUUCUAACCUUGACUCAGAUUCAAAACCUGAACCUGAAGCUCUAGAUUCUACACCCAAGGCAAUUAAUGAGAAUACUUCUAAAAUUGAGAAUAUCUAUGCCUUAUAUGAGAAUAUUUAG